AUGGUUCGAAACUAUAUUCGUAAACGUGAUCCACCAGCAUAUGAUGAACAAGAGUUAUUGAAUGCCAUCGAAAAGAUAAAAUCAGGUGAAUGGACAUACAAAAAAGCAUCAGAAAUGACAAACAUUUCACAAGGUACACUAGCUGCACGGUUAUCGCGUGGUUCUUCAGACCAAGUAGGCCGUCCAACAGCAUUAAAUCAUACUGAAGAAGAAUAUUUAGUAAAAUUUAUUGAAACAUUGCAAGAAUGGGGCGAGCUAUGCUCAUUUAAAGAUGUUAUGAAGUAUGCAACGGAAUAUGCUGAUUUAAUGGGUUUACGAUUACGUUUUCGAAAUGGUGCACCAACAAAAGAAUGGUAUUAUGGCUUCGUCAAACGUUGGGAUCAUAAAUUGAAAUUAAUGAAAAGUAUUCGUUUAGAAAAAGUACGGGCGGGCCUCACUCCAGAAAUUGUUGAUGGAUGGUUUUGCAAAUUGUAUUUAACUUUAAAAAAAUUAGAUUUAUUCAAUAAACCAAGCAAUAUUUUCAAUUGUGACGAGUCGGGCUUCGGUGAUGACCCUGGAAAAAAGGUCGUAUUGGUCAAAAGAGGAACGAAAUAUGCUAAUCAGUAA